AUGCCUUCAAGCCCCAAGACCUCCCUCACCGACCCCGAAGCGUUGACCCUCUCCUCACUGCCCUCCGAAAUCGUCGCCCUCAUCUACUCCUUUUACCUCGCUCAAAACCCCAUCGAGAACAGGAGCCAUUUUCUGAACCUCAUCACGCUUUCCAAGGAAAUCUAUUCCGAGAAUGCCUGGAGGCUGUAUGAAGUCGUGGAACUCGACGAUUGGAACUGCGAGGCGUUCCUUAAAGGGGUAUGGGUCGCGGGUGGUUUCAUCAAGAAGGCCAUGCGCUUGCAAUCCCCAAGCGUGGAGACGGACGACGGAAGCGAUUGGCCAGAUUUUACGCCAGGAGACCUUGUCGACGAAAUAGAGCUCUUUACUCCUCCAAGGCGACCUCUGGAACGACCGACCUACCUCUCGUCCGACUCUGUUGCCCCGUACGCCACAUACGAGUACGAGUCCCACAUCCCCUUCCACCUUCACCCCUGUAUUCGAAAAGUUCUCCUCAUACGACAGUGCCGCAGGCUCUAUAUCCAUAGCUGUAACACUUUUGAGGGGCUGCAGAUGUGCAACCAUGAGGUCCAGAGAUUAGCCACCUGUUGGCUUGAUGGCAGAAUAUCUAAGGGCUGGGCGAUAGAGCCGUUGUUCUUCUCCGUCACCCACCUAUCUUUUGGCACACCAUUCAUGGCCUACUACCAUUUAUCCGACCCCCCAAAUCGGGACUGGCUGAUAGAAUUCGAGCUUUUCGGCCCGUCGCUCAAGCACAUCUGCCUGGCCCUUUGCGACGACUUUGACGACUUUUACGAUGUAUUCAGCUUCAGCUACAACGACCGCGAUGGCGAUAUUGAGUAUACAAGAAAGCGUGUGACAGAAACGCUCGAAGGAGACGUUCCGUUCGCGCUCUGGUACGCGACAGAUCGGAAGACGUCCCUGACGUUACACGACGCGAGACCCGAAGCUUUCGAAGUUUUCGACGCUGGACUAGCGGAUACGAUGAUAUACGAGAUGCCUAGAAAGACGGAUGCUGGUGUGGAUGAGUGGAAGAAGCAGAUCAUGAUGAUAAAAGGGGAGAUGGGAGCCCACAUGUCGGAGUUGGGAUACAAGCUACGGCAAGGCGAAGCGGGAGCAGACAGGCGAGUAGUAGUCUGGAAGCCCCAGUUUCCACCUUGUAAAAUACGUUUCACCAAUAUGGCGCCCCUUCCAGCCGACGUCGAUCUCCCUCAGCUCUUCCUUAACGAUUGCUGCUAUAGCCGAGAUGGCCCAUACGAACAAUUCGACCAGGUGUUCAGAAAGUGGUGGGCAGAGGUCGUCAGUUCUGAGGGACCGACUGCAUGCGAGUGUUGUGAUAUCUUCAAGAUGGGUCAUCCAAAGAUCGGCGUGAUGUCUUCAGUGCCAGUGCAAGAAUGGUACUUUUCAAGGGAGGACAAGGCUCUACACCCAAGGUAUAUCCGCCAGGGUGCCCUCCUUCACCGUCGUCUCCUCUGUGAUCCUUUCCGACGUCACAGCAUCCGUCUCGCUCGUCAUUCGUUUGCGGUCCCCUCCAUCUCCGUCCUCGGCAGUGUCUUGGAUGGCGUGAUAGUCGUUUGA